UUGACCGAGAACAACAAUUUGUUAUCCCGAGAAGCUGAAACUGCUUCACAAAGAGAAUUGCGGCUCACAGCUGACCGCGAACGGCAUACAUUAUCUCGCGAGUCCGAAACCUACACUGAGAGUGAAUUACGUCUCACAGCUGACCGCGAACGGCAUACAUUAUCUUGCGAGUCCGAAACCUACACUGAGAGGGAAUUACAUCUCACAGCUGAUCGCGAACGGCAUGUACUAUCCUGUGAGUCCGAAACCUUCUCUGAGAUUGAAUUACGUCUCACAGCUGAUCGCGAACGGCAUGUACUAUCCCGUGAGUCCGAAACCUACACUGAGAGGGAAUUACGUCUCACAGCUGACCCCGAACGGCAUACAUUAUCUCGCGAGUCCGAAACCUACACUGAGAGGGAAUUACGUCACACAGCUGAUCGCGAACAUCAUAUUUUAUCUCGAGAAUCUGAAACUUUUACUCAAUAUGAAGACCGUUUGACAAAUGAUAGGGUGCACCAUAAUAUUAUUCGAUCUCUUGAAGAUGAACAUGAGCAUGAACAACGACUAGAGACGCGGGACGCGAAUAUUACAAUUCUUUGA